AUAAAUUCAUCAAGUGAAAAGAAAAAUCAAAGUGAAAACAUUUCUAAUUUUUUAGCGAGCAGAGAGUCAAUAUAAAAAUCAAAUAAUUAUAUAAUAUUAGAUUCAAACAAUAGCCUUAAGUUGAGGAAUGAAGAGUAAAUUUCUUAAAUAGUAAAAGAGAGUAAAAGAAGAGUAAAAUUAAUAAAUAAACCAAACAAAAUCCUAGACUUAAUCGAAAAAAGUGUGGCUAAUGAUUUAUAAUAAUGCUCCCCAAUGCAUGCUAGUCUAGACCCCAGCCCCAGCUCCAACUCCAGCAACGCGCCAAAUUAAGCCAAAUCUGGCAAACAGCGUGCCAAAUUAAUUAACUCGCUCGUCAGCUACCCGCUGCACAUCUCUGCCGGUCCAUUAAUUUCACACUUAAUUAAUGUCAGGCUGCAAGUGCGGAGCAGGGCCGGUGACAAACGCUCGCAAAGUGUCCAAAAAGCGCGACUCGCUGACAAUGUGGCAGACGCUAUCAGCGCUAUCCACAUCACUCACAGUGCUCCCCACGGUACUCACACAUGUGUCGGACUGUAAGUGCCAGCUCAUCAGGUCAAAACAACGCACCAACAUUAGUGGCACAAACACGGAAAUGCAAAGUCAUAGCUCGAGCAGCGGCAGCAAUUCGGUCAACAUGUUGCCAUCAACAUCAGCAGACACCGCGACGACAACGACAACGGCGACAGCGUCAGCGAUGACUUUGACAAUGACAACAACAGCAACAGGAGUGGUAAAAACCGCGCGUAGGUGCCACUGCCAGCCCAGCAACAACAUUGCAACCAGCAUCCUGCAGUGGCUGCUGCUACUGUGCAUCUUAUGUGAUGCCGCCCAGGCGACGCUGCGUAAUGUCAACCUGCUCGUGGAGCCACCGGCUGUGCGACGUGGCCAGUCGGUGGUGCUGCGCUGCGAAUAUCAGCUAGAUGGCGCUCCGCUCUAUUCGAUUAAAUUCUAUCGCGGACAGUUGGAGUUUUAUCGCUUCACGCCUGGCGAGUAUCCACACACGAAGGUCUUUCAAUAUCCCGGCAUCAAAGUGGACGAAAGCAGCUCGAAUGCAACCCUGGUGCUCAUACGCAAUGUCAGCUUUGGCCUCUCCGGCAAUUUCAGCUGCGAGGUGACUGCCGACGCACCCCUCUAUUCGACGGCCACCGCCUAUGCGCAAAUGCAAGUUGUGGAAUUCCCAGAGAAACGACCCCAGCUCUUUACAGAGCAUAAGCGCUAUGAGCCCGGCGAUGUGUUGAGGGCCAAUUGCAGCACAUUGCCGUCAAGACCACGCGCCGAGCUGCGCUUCACCAUUAACCAAAUGCCGGUGACCCAAGAGGAAACACAAUACAUUCGCACGGUUGAUAACUUAAUAGCAUCCAGGCUGAGCCUCAAACUUCAAUUGCAAGCGGUGCACUUUGUGGCCGCCGCCAAUGCCAAUGGAAAUGUCAACGGCAACGGUCAUGUUCGAUCUACCAAUGUGCACAUGACAAAUGCUUUGGGCCACGGCGGAGCUGGAGGACUCAUGUUGCGCUGCACGGCUCAAAUUGGUGAUUUAUAUCAGGAGUACAAGGAAAUUGAAUUGGGCUCACCGCAAAAGGAUCCGGUGCCAGCCAGAGUUACACUCUCAUCCGGCUCGGGACUGCGGAAUUUCUUGGAAACCUAUUUCUACACAUCGGCAUCUGGCAAAGGGCAGAGCGUGGGCAGCUUUUUCAUUUGCUGCCUAAUCUCCAUGUUCGGAAUGAUAACAAGCGGCAGCUAAAUGCAAAAUUGAUUACAUUUUAGCUACAAUUACAUAGAGUACAGCUUGAACAUGAAAUGUGUAUAGCAUAGAUAAUGGCUUCGAUGUGUAGCCAAUUGUAUUAAGCUUAGCAUUGCCCCCGACACCUACUCACUGUCGCACAGCUGCAAAAAUAUCCCAUUUAAAAAUACUAUAUAAAUUACACAUUACUACGUAUAUGUUGUACACACUCAAAUUAAAUAUUACAAUUUUGUACAUAUUUGUUUUAUGAUGUAAGCCAUUGCACGUACAUUAGAUGGAAUGCACUGCCGCAUACACCCACACCGACAGACGGACGGACUGAGAGAAAUAUAGACAAGCAAACAUGGCUAAUUGUUAAUUAAUGGAUUAUUUAAUGAUGCAUUAAAUAUUGCAUAAAUUAUUAUUUCAGUUGCAUUUAACUCCAUUACAAACAGCUGCAAUAGCACUUCGAAUAUCAACUUUAAAUAUAAGCAGAAAAACUAUACAAACAAAAACAGGCAAUUUAAAAAUUGUAA